AUGUUGGAAGAAACGAUACUGAGCGUGCUCAGAAGGCAGGACUGGGCGGCAUGGCUCUUCCCGAUACUUCUAACCUAUCUCUUGUUCGUUCUUAGCAGGGCAAUCUACGAUGCCUUCUUUGGACCAUUAAGCAUCUACCCGGGACCAUGGUGGAGAGCCAUUAGUAACAUACCAGAAGCACUGACUCUACUGAGGGGGGAAGAAGGGAAGGUCUAUCUGGCACUGCAUGAAACGUACGGUCCAGUGGUCAGAGUAGCUUCGACCAAGCUGUCGUACACCGGACAGGACGCUUUCAGAGACAUAUACGGCGCGAAAGCAAAUCUUCCCAAGGACUUCUUCUUCUAUGGAAAGCCGGCAAGCGGGUUCAGUCCAAUCGUCUCGGCAGCCAAAGACGAGCACUCGCGGCAACGCAAAGUUCUUGCCCAGCCCUUCUCUGCUAGGAACCUGCGAGAACUCGAACCGAGACUGAAAUCAUGGGCUCAGAGACUGCGAUCGAAGCUCGAGGAAGAGGCAGAGGCAGGCAAGAGUUGCGAUAUGGUUGAGUACUACAACUGCACUACCUUCGACAUCAUGGGCGACUUGUGUUUCAGCGAAGACCUAGGGAUGCUCAAAAAUGGGGAGUACGCAAGUUGGCUACGAGCUGCUUUUGAGAGUAUCAAGACAGCGUCACGGUUUAUAGCGAUCAAGACUUGCGGAAAACCAUUCGGGUGGCUGGUUGAUCUUUUACUACAGAUUCUCCCCCAGGCUCGCGGGAAACAUGAAAACGAACACCGGGAAUCUUCUACAGCCAGGAUGCGGCGGCGGCUUGCCUGCGAACCUGGUGAGCCGGACCUGUGGACGAGGAUAUUGGAGAAGAGCCCAGAUGGUCUAGCUGAAGGCGAACAUUACGCCAACUCCGGAUUCUUCCUGUUUGCCGGCAGCGAGACUACUGCUACAGCGUUGAGUGGCAUUACUUUUUACCUGCUGAAGAAUCCAGAGUACCUUGCCAAGCUAGUGGAAGAGAUACGCAGUACGUAUUCGAAAUUCGACGACAUGUCUCUUGAAUCACUUGUUCGUAUGAAGUUCUUGCACUGUGUCAUUCAAGAGGGGUUGCGAAUGCUUCCGCCGGUACCCUCUAUGCUGGCUCGAAAGGUCCCGAGGGAAGGAGCUACGAUAGCAGGGAAAAGGGUUUCUCCAGGCACUACUGUAGGGUUCCAUCAUCUUUCAGCUUACAGGAACCCCAAGUACUGGCAAGAUGGAUCCGAGUUUCGCCCAGAGCGUUGGAUGGGAGAUUCAAAGUACAAAAAUGACCAUCUCGGUGUACUCGAACCAUUCAGCAUCGGCUCGCACGAUUGCCUAGGCAAAGCUCUUGCGUGGCACGAGAUUAGGCUUAUCCUCGCCACAGUUCUACUACACUUCGAUUUGAGCCUAUGUGCGGUGUCUAACAACUGGAGUGACUUGAAAAUCUACGGUAUUUGGGAAAAGAAGCCUUUGGUGGUUCAGAUACAGAGAGCCAACGUUGAACAAAGUAGAUCUCUUUUGUAG